CGCGGACGCAACGCGUGUUUUAUGAUCCAAGAGUCUUUUGGUAUGCAAAGCAGUGAUUGCAUGCAGACUCCAUUUAACACUUGAACUAACUGGUAACAUGUAUGCAAGAACUGAAUCGCAAAGGUGAUAAGCAGACAGCAACCUGGCGUAGAGAGAAGCUUUGGGGUAGACGAGGACACACCCGAAUAAUGUACCUCUCCUCCCCUCCUCUACGCCUGCCCCGUUACGCACAAUGCGCGGUGCGCCGGGAGCUACGGCAGACAGUGGCAGCCGGGAUUUAAGGAAUCAGAUGUGUGUUUGUCGUGUUCAUCACGGCCACACGGACACCGGAGUGCCAUCCUGACUUCGGGAAGGCUGUCGUGACUUCUGGCAACUAUAGAGGAAGCCCUUGGCUGAUUUCUAAGUUUAUCCAGCAGUCAACCCCCUGAUAACACACUGGCCCUUUGUGCUCCCUGCCAUCAAGCCCCCUUCUCUGUGGGUAUCCCGCUUCCAUUUUCCCAACGCGUGGUGCCCUGCUUCGGUGAAAAGUGCAGGCUUCACCUUCCCGCAUCAUGACCGUGGCCACGACCGACCCCUCAGAUGAGGCAUCAGCACACCCCGGUCAUCCUCAUGACUAUGACCCUGGAACAGAACAGGAAUGCUGCGAAAGAGUGGUCAUCAACAUCUCAGGCCUGCGUUUCGAGACGCAGCUAAAUACCCUCUCGCAAUUCCCCAAAACCUUACUCGGUGACCCCAAAAAGCGAAUGAGAUAUUUUGACCCUCUAAGGAACGAGUAUUUUUUCGAUCGAAACCGGCCCAGCUUUGACGCCAUCCUCUACUAUUACCAAUCCGGCGGAAAGUUGCGGCGACCCGCGAACGUGACUUUGGACGUCUUUUCGGAGGAAAUUCGCUUUUACGAGCUCGGAGAAGAAGCCAUCGAGAUAUUCCGAGAGGAUGAGGGGUUUAUUAAAGAGGAGGAGAGGCCGAUGCCUGACAAUGAGUUUCAAAAGCAAGUCUGGCUGCUGUUCGAGUAUCCGGAAAGUUCAGGGGCUGCCAGGAUUAUCGCCAUUAUUUCCGUUAUGGUCAUCCUCAUCUCCAUCGUCAGUUUCUGCCUUGAAACGCUUCCCAAUUUCCGCGACGAUGCACAGGAGUUGCACAAAGUCCCCGUUAUUGUCAAUAACUCCACAACCACUUACACGUCCGCCUACUUUAAGGACCCUUUCUUUAUUUUGGAGACGCUAUGCAUCAUCUGGUUCAGCUUUGAGUUCUUGGUGCGCUUUUUUGCGUGCCCGAGUAAAGCGAGCUUCUUUGUGAACAUAAUGAACAUGAUUGACGUGGUGGCCAUCAUCCCCUACUUCAUCACAUUGGGAACAGAACUGGCAGAGACGGCAGAGGACGGUCAACAAGGACAACAAGCCAUGUCUCUUGCGAUUCUGAGAGUCAUCCGACUCGUACGCGUCUUCAGAAUCUUCAAACUUUCCCGGCACUCGAAAGGGCUUCAGAUCCUCGGCCAGACCCUCAAAGCCAGCAUGAGGGAAUUAGGCCUCCUCAUCUUCUUCCUGUUCAUCGGAGUCAUCCUCUUUUCCAGCGCCGUGUUCUUCGCGGAGGCGGACGAGCCCGAGUCGCAGUUCUACAGCAUCCCCGAUGCCUUCUGGUGGGCUGUGGUUUCAAUGACGACCGUCGGCUAUGGAGAUAUGGUACCCACAACCAUCGGAGGGAAGAUAGUAGGGUCACUCUGCGCCAUAGCCGGCGUGUUGACCAUCGCCCUGCCCGUGCCCGUCAUCGUAUCCAACUUCAACUACUUCUACCACCGAGAAACAGAGGGCGAAGAGCAAGCGCAAUAUCUUCAGGCCAGCGUCGUCAAAGUCGAUUCGCAAGAAGAACUGAAUGGCAGUCGAAGCGGAUCCUCGAUCAGCAAGUCCGAGUACAUGGAUAUCGAAGAAGGUGUGAACAACAGCAAUGAAGACUUUCAAGAGGAGAACCUCAAGACGGCAAACUGCACGCUAGCAAAUACAAAUUAUGUCAAUAUCCAAAAAAUGCUGACAGAUGUGUAGG